GAGUCGAGGCGGCGGCGCGGACUCCGGAAGGUUCCAGAGGCGUCGCGUGCGGAGGGCGGUCCGUGGGAGUUGCGCUGGGUCGAGUGCAGCUCCGGCGGCGUGUUCGGUGUGGCGUUUCCUGUCCUCUUCGGUGCGCGGCUGCUGCUGGGCCUUAAGCCUGACCUGCAGGAAUAUGGCUUCGGCUUUGGAGGAGUUGCAGAAAGACCUAGAGGAGGUGAAGAUAUUCCUGGAAAAGUCCACUAGGAAGAGAGUACGUGAUGCUCUUACAGGUGAAAAAUCUAAGAUUGAGACAGAAAUAAGGAACAAGAUGCAACAGAAAUCACAGAAGAAACCAGAACUUCUUGACAAUGAAAAGCCAGCUGCAAUGGUUGCUCCCAUUACAACAGGUUACACGGUGAAGAUCAGCAAUUAUGGAUGGGAUCAGUCAGAUAAGUUCGUGAAAAUCUAUAUUACUUUAACUGGAGUUCAACAGGUUCCCACUGAGAACGUGCAGGUACAUUUCACAGAGAGGUCAUUUGAUCUUUUGGUAAAGAAUCUAAAUGGUAAGAAUUACUCCAUGAUUGUGAGCUACCUUUUGAAACCCAUCUCUGUCGAAGGCAGUUCCAAAAAAGUCAAGACUGAUACAGUUAUUAUCUUAUGUAAAAAGAAAGUAGAAAACACACGAUGGGACUACUUGACUCAGGUUGAAAAAGACUGCAAAGAGAAAGACAGAAAGCCUGCGUAUGAUGCUGAAACAGAUCCUAGUGAGGGAUUAAUGAAUGUUCUAAAGAAAAUUUAUGAAGAUGGAGAUGAUGACAUGAAGCGAACCAUUAAUAAAGCCUGGGUGGAAUCAAGAGAGAAGCAAGUCAAAGGAGAACCAGAAUUUUGAGAUUUUUAAGUCCUUUUGGGAACUCUGAUGGGAAAUA